AUGAGUGAAAUCCUGACAGAUGAGCAGAUAGACCAACUUCUGGCAGAGGCCGAGGCCCGCCUGCGGGAGCAGGCCGUGCUUUUGUCAACACCAUCAGGCGCAGAUGAGAUCAGUCUCGACACCACCGAGGCCAAAGCCAAAGAAAGAAAGCCUCUGCCCAAAUUACGACAUGGCCUCGGCCAGCAGACCUAUAUCAAGGAUAAUCAGGGAGUUGCCCUGACAAAACCUCAGGCAACGAUCCCUCGAGAUCAACGCAAGCUUGCCGACGGAUUAAGGCCUGUUGAAGUAGCUGAGAAGUCAAAGAAAAUUAAUGACCAGCUCUCUGCCGGCCCCGACUGGUUCGACUUGCCGAAGACCAACUUGACUCCUCAAUUAAAACGCGACCUGCAACUCAUUCAAAUGCGAUCAGUCCUCGAUCCACACCGGCACUACAAGAAGAACAACCGGAAGGGAAAGGUUCCUACUUUCUCGCAAACCGGAACCGUCAUUGAAGGGCCUACCGAGUUCUACAGCUCCAGAAUCAACAAGAAGGACCGUCAUAAGACUUUCGUUGAGGAAGCUAUAGCUGCCGAGAAAGAGAACGGGCGGUUAAAGAGAAAGUAUAGUGAAGUCCAAGAGGCGAAGACCAGUGGCCAAAAAGCACAUUACAAGAAAGUAUUGGCCAAACGGAAGAAGAAGCCUUGA